UUAAAAAAAAGAUAAAAUAGAAUUACCAGUAUGUGCACAUUACUUUGGUAGAAGUAAAAAUAAUGAAAGAGGGAGAGAGAGAAUCCUCCCAGUGACUACUCAUUUGUUUUUAAUGAUUCAGCUGGUUUGUGUUUUGCAUGGUGCAUGGUGUGCAAACAUCUGAAAAUGUCUGUUUUCCACUGUUUGUAACUAACUCUUCCCAGCAUGAUUUAUCAAUUAGCCUUUAUUUCCUCCCAUGACUUAUGAAUAUACCUUAAGCAUAGUUGUUUAUAACGGAAUGUUUCUAAACGACCUAUCCUUAUCCUAGUACCACGCUGAUUUGAGCUAUAGGGCAAAUGGGUGCACCAUGGUGGGCGAGGUCAUUCAAAGAAAAAAGAGGGGAAAGUGCAGUGGUGCCGAGGUUUGUAAGAGCAGGCGGCUUGUACAUGUAAAUGCAUGGUUUGCAGGAAUCUGGGAAUGGAUAGGCUGAUGGGUGAUGAAUAUUCAAAGCACAACUGUAAGCGACUUUAGUUACAGCGAAACUCUAAGGCACGCUGCCCUUCGGAAGGCAACAGGGCGUUCCCCAAGCUGAUAGCCCUCCGCGACGCAUUACGCACCGCGGACAGCUGGAGAGGCCGAGGCGCUCUCGCUUUGAUUUCGGCGCCCCAGCCGGCGCGGGGAGAGAUUGUCUGCGGCCGCAAGACGGGGUAGUGAGCGCGUCACUUCCUGCCGCUGCCAGGCGCGUCCUCCCGCGCGCUAUGACGGCCAGCGCAGAGCCGCGCGGGGGGCGGCCCGGAGUCGGAGUCGGAGUCGUGGUAACCAGCUGCAAGCAUCCGCGUUGCGUCCUCCUGGGGAAGAGGAAAGGCUCGGUUGGAGCUGGCAGUUUCCAACUCCCUGGAGGUCAUCUGGAGUUCGGUGAGACCUGGGAAGAAUGUGCUCAAAGGGAAACCUGGGAAGAAGCAGCUCUUCACCUGAAAAAUGUUCGCUUUGCCUCAGUUGUGAAUUCUUUCAUUGAGAAGGAGAAUUACCAUUAUGUUACUAUAUUAAUGAAAGGAGAAGUGGAUGUGACUCAUGAUUCAGAACCAAAGAAUGUAGAGCCUGAAAAAAAUGAAAGUUGGGAGUGGGUUCCUUGGGAAGAAUUACCUCCUCUGGACCAGCUUUUCUGGGGACUGCGUUGUUUAAAAGAACAAGGCUAUGAUCCAUUUAAAGAAGAUCUGAACCAUCUGGUGGGAUACAAAGGAAAUCAUCUCUAGGUGGCCAAGAUGAUUUCUUGAUUUUCUUUAAAAAGACAAGAAUAAGGUCUGGUUAGGGAAUGAAAAAUGGCUACAUUUCAGAACAACUCCAUUUUAUCUAAAAAAGUUCUUGUGAUCGCCAGUUUAUUUGCAGUCUCUUAAUGUAUCCACCACUCUUUCAGCCAGUACUUGAGAAAAUUUUUCUGAAAUAUGUCAUUGAAUUGUAUUCCAGACACAGAAUAUAUGUAAAUACUGAUAUUAUGGGUAACCAGACACAGAAUAUAUGAUAAAUACUGAUAUUAUGGGUAAUCUGCUUUCCAUAUUUACCUAUGAUAUUUACUAUGCAGUUUGUCAUUACUAGUUUGCAUGGAGUAGGAUGCAGUCGAAUUUGCCUUAGUGUUUCUGUUCAAAUAGAGACCUGAAUUCAAAUAUUGUAGUUUAGGUUCAAACAGAGUAUGCCUGUUGCAAAAUUUACCAAAUUUGUUGAUUACCUCUUUUAUUAAAGAAAUGUUGGGGAGAGGGUAAUAUAUUGUGACAAUUUUUGCAACUUACAGGGAAUGGGACAGGUCAUUAGGGUGUAUUUCCCAGGUUUCCAAUUGAGAAUCUAAACCAAGAGAAGUGAGACAAACCAUCUAAUAUCUGUAUCCUACUACUAACGGGCUGUGAUGUUGAGUUUCUCACUUACUCUUUCUGAGGUCCAGGGUCCUUAUAUGUAAAAUGAAGAGAUUUGUCUAGAGCAGUGGUUGUCAAAGUAUGGUCUGGGGGGGCCUCAAGAGCCUUUCAAGGGUAUUCUAGGUCAAAGCUGUUUUUAUAACACUAAGACAUCACUUCAUUAUUUAUAGUUUUUCCUUGUUUUUUAUUUGAGAAGGAGUCUUGCUCUGUU